AUGGGUCGCUUUGAGAAGCUAGCAGGCAAAAAGAUUGCCGUCGUCGGAGGCUCGUCCGGCAUAGGAUACGGUGCGGCGGAGAUCCUUCUAGAAGCAGGAGCGCACGUAACCGUCAUAUCAUCGUCCGAAGAGAGGGUCCGCGAAGCGGCCAAGCGGCUCGGCGGUCCAAACGUUGAGGGCAGAGUUGGUGACGUCCGAGAUGAGGCUGCCUUUACGCAGUUGCUUGUCUCUCUCGCCCCGCUGGACCACCUCGUUUUCUCCGGGGUCGACAAGAUCAUCCGGGGGCCUCUCGCGGAAGCGGAUCUGGACGAGGCGAAGCAUCUAUUUGGCGUCAAGUUCUGGGGGAGCUUAGUCGUCGCAAAGGCCGUUGCAAAGCAUGACAUUAUCAAACCGGGAGGCUCGCUUACAUUGACAUCCGGCGCGGCAGCCCUGCGGCCCCGGAAGGGGGCAACGAUUGGCGGUGCGCUUAACGGUGGUCUCAUUACUGCCACGCAGGCCCUGGCCGACGAGUUGGCCGACAAGAAGGUCAGGGUGAACACUGUCGUCCCCGGGUUGGUGAAGACGGAGCUAUGGGACAAGCUCGGCCACACCAAGGAGAAGCAGGAGCAGAUCUUUGAAGAUGGGGCCAAGAACCUGAGCGUCGGAUUUGUCGCGACCCCUGAGCAUAUCGCAGAGGCGUAUCUAUAUGCGGUUCGGGCAGACUACGCAAACGGGACGACAAUUGUGAUCGGUUAGUAUUAUGCCCGAGUGCUGAGACAAUAGCGUCCCCAAGCUAACCCUUCUCUCAGAUGGUGGUGGAGUACUUCAAU